UUAAGUGGAAUGUCAUUAGAAACAAAAAAAACUAUAUCACCUAAAAUCUUGCAAGAAACUGAAGAUCCUUUGGAACUCUUUAAAAGAACACAAAAAGAUGCUAAAAAAAGUAGAGCAGUUGCACGUGCUGAUAUUUUUAAACAAUCUACUCCAAAA